CACUUUCCGCCGGGAAGAAAUAUCUGAAAGUCGAGCUUAAAGACUCUAUCUUCCGCGACCCCAAAGCUGUUGAGGCGCUCGCCAGACGAAUGGCUUCUUUGCAGGGAAGACGAUGGGCAGUGGGGGAAACACAAUCUCGUGUUUUCCACACUGUUGGACAUGAAGACAAGGAUUCCUGGAAGGACACCGCUGCACAAGCCCUCGGAAUCCAGAUUUCCCACCUUGGCGAAAUUAAUUUGUCUGGGGAGCUCUUUGACCUAAUAAGACCUAUGACGCCUCUACCCACACCGUCUACAUCGGAAAUAACUCUGGAUCUAGAAGAGGAUAUUACAUUAGAUUUUGAAGAAGAGAUGAUGGAGAUCAGGAAGAGGAAGACAGAAGAGGAAGGACAGGAAGAAAUUAUUGAGAAGAAACGGGUGAAGACAGGUGAUGAUAACGAGGAGGGCGGAUUAGAGGAGGAAAAGAAACGGAGAGACGAGGAGAGAUCAGAGAAGGAGAGGGAGGAGCAGAUAGUAAAAGAGGGGAUUGAGAAGGAAAGACUAAAGAAGGAGAGGGAGGAGGAGAUGGUUAAGGAGAAGGUCGAGAAGAAGAGGUUAGAGAAGGAAAGGUUAGGGAAGGAGAAUGAGCGGGAGAAGCAGAUACUAAGGGAGAGGGAAGAGAAGAUAGUAAAAGAGAGGGUCGAGAUGGAGGGGAGACAGAAUGAGGAGAAGGAGAAGGAGCGGGAGGAGCAGAUACUAAGGGAGAAGGAAGAGAGGGAAGUAAAAGAGAAGGUCGAGAUGGAGAGGAGACAAAAUGAGGAGAAGUUACAGAAGGAGAAGGAGCAGAUACUAAGGGAGAAGGAGGAGCAGAUAGAGAGGUUACAGGAGGAGAGGAAACAGAGAGUCGAGGACAGGUUACAGAAGGGUAGGGAGGAGAAGGAGAGAUUGGAGAAAGAGAGGAAACAGAAAACCGAGGAGAGAUUGGAGAAAGAGAGGAAUGAGAGAUUGGAAGAGGAAAGGAGGCAGAAAGACGAGGAGAGAUUAGAGAAGGAGAAAAAGAAGCAGGAGAGAUCGGAGGAGGAGGGACCGGCGAAAGGAAGUACACCAACACUAUGUGAGAGGGCACGACAUCUGCUGCGCCGAGGAGGAAUGCCCUUAUUUCCGGCAGGGCGAAGGGAAUGGACCGGGGAAGAGCUCGUUGAACUUGUAAACCCUCCAACUAAGUAUAUGUGGCCACCACGGGGCUGGAGAACGAUGAGUGGCCAAGAAAAGCUACGCCAGUUUGAACAUGCUACCACCAUAUUAGAAUUUUGUGCUGGAGUGACCACACCAAAGCCGAAGACAGACCUACUCGUGCUCUAUAGCUAUUUGGUCCUUCCCGGAACAGCUGAUACCACCAAAAAUAAUAAGGCAGCAUAUGUGAAGGGUCAGUAUCGAUUUUAUUUAUAUACAGCCCUUAGGAGAAUUGCAGAGGAAAAAGACGCAUCUCUACAGGACGAGGAAUUGAUCCAGAUGUUGGAAGAGGCGGUGCGAGGGAAAAGAGUCGAAGACGUCCUAUCAAGAAUAGACGAGAUGGGGAUACCUCUAAGACUCGCCGUCGACCAUGUUUAAAUGUUUUCACAAAUUUAUUAAUAAUUUUGCAUGUUAAAUAAUUCGGGAGAAUUAAGAAAUUAAGGUGGGGGGAGUGUAAUAUAUCGAAUUCAGCCCUGUACAUAUUAUCAUUUUAUUGCAUUACUUGAUUGUUAUAUUGUUGUUUAAGUCUUAGAUUGUUCGUUAAAUUAUCAGCAUGCGGCGGGUAUUUUGGUACGGACAUAUUAUUAUUAUAACGUGAUUACCGUCAGUCGUGAAAUCAAGGCCUCGUGUAAACAAACCAUUUCAAGUAAUAUUUUGUAUAAAACGAACAAGUUUUACUUACUUGUUAGCCUCCCGAAUAAUCUUCUCGGUAUUUUUGCACUUAUUGUCAAUUAUAACAUUGCAUAGUCCUUUUCCCGAACGUUCAAUUUUGCAUUGGAAUAGUCCUUAGUUACGAAUACGAGCACAUUUAUAUAUUUCAAUACGUAGACGUCCAUUUUGUGUCACGUCGUUCUUAACAACGACCUGUCAGAUUGUUACAUAUAAUGUUUCUAUUAGUCUUCUGGUUAUGCUUAUUGUACAUCAUUGCCAAGUAUAGUAAUUUAUCUUGGUUGUUAUAAUAAUUGUAUCGGGUUUUAAUAUGUUUUAUGGCCAGGAUUGACGUAGUUCAACUGGAUUAUGUUGUUACCCAUUACGUCUUGAAUAGUUACGCGUGGUUUGAUCACAUUUCAUAAAAUUACGCUGUUGAUAGUUAUUGUCCGUUUUGUCUGUUUAUAAUCAAUCUCUUCGCUGUACGUAUUAAAUAAUUCCUUGUCAAAUUUAAGUGAAACGGACAAGUACCGGACAAGUUGGAUUCGUUAUUUUAAUAGACUAUUUUAACGUCGAACACUUCAAUUGUCAAAGAAGUGCCGACAACAACAAAAAGGACAAUAAUUGAUUGGUUAAUGACGUCACGUGAUACUUUAAUUUUUCUAUAUAAAGGGUGAUCGAACGUCGGAAGGGCAGAUAACGGUUCGUCGUAUCCACGGCAAACUACCUUUUUCAUAAAGUGAUCAAAAGCGGAAAAAUCUUUCUUGUCGCAAUUACCCGACCAAUUACCUAAAUAAUAAGGUGAGAAUCAUGCCCGCGGGGGAACUUGGAUCUGUAAUGUUUCGAAUAUAAGAGUAUUGCUACUAUUACCUUCGUUUGUAGUAGCCUAAAUAUGCCGCCAUUAAUAUUGUCGCCGGGUUAACAAUAUGUAAUAAUCACGAACGUUAUCUCCCACCACGCCGGACACCCAUAUUUUAACAUGUAUAUAAAUGUAUUUCAUUGUCAUAUUAUACUUUAAAUCCUUUUUCACGUAAUAAAGGA